CUACAGUCGAGAUAUAGAUCAAAAUGUCAGCUGCUGCUUGGAGAUCUCUACUCACAAUACACUGCAGUUCAUACAACAGAUUCGUUACCGUCGCUGGACGUGCACUCCGUAACUCACUCAACGAAAAGGAGAGAGCAGUUGCCGCACGUCGUGGUGACAGCGCUCUCAAGUACACAACCUACGAAAACGGUGUCCCAGUAGGAUUCAAAGCUAUCAAUGAGGAGUCAAAGUAAACUAAAUCUAAUUAAAUGUCGAUUAACAACAGCUUGAUAUAUUCUUGCUAUUCUCUAUUUUGAGUACAGCCUCGGACGUCUUAUUGGCUUUCGGUUGAAAUGCCCCCUUAUUAAGCUUUUCUAAGAUAAUCCUAGCGCUUCUAUCGAAUGCUUCGUCUACUCUAUCACCAGUUUUAGCGCUAACUUUUAUAAAAUCUAAUUCCCGCUCUCGUGCCCAGUUUUCGCCUUCUUCUAUGCUAACUUCUCUAUCCGAAUAGGGAAUAUCAGCUUUAUUAGCGACUAAUAAAACUGUUAAAUUAUCGUCUGCGUAUUUUCUGAUAUCAUUCAACCAGCUUUCGAGAUUAUUAAAACUAUCCCGUGACGAUAGACUGUAGACUAAUAAACAUCCAGCUGCCCCACGAAAAUAAGAGCGUGUAAUCGAUUUAAACCUCUCUGAGCCCGCUGUAUCCCAGCAUUGUACUUUUACUUUCUCCUU